AAUUUUUUUUAUAAAGAAAAUGAUAUGUUAAGUCCAUGCAAUAAUUUUAUUAAACAAAUUAUAUUUAUUCACCCAUAUUUUAUUCUUAUAAAUAAUACAAAUUAUAAUAUAGUCAUGUGCUAUCCUUGUAAUUUUUAUAACAAUAAUGGAAAUUAUAAAACAACUGAAAAUGAAAUAAAUAAAAACAAAAGGAAUUAUUAUUACCCUAGACACUCCACUAGUGUCAUUAAUUUAAUAUCUGAACAUGAAGAUAAAAAUUUUUUUUUUUAUAUCAGCAAUGGUGAUGAUAUUAGUAAUUAUCUUUUUAUAAGUGGAAGGGUGGAUAUAAGCAAAGAAUCGACGGUCAUCUUAUGUUUUCAGACUAAAAAAAAAAAUAUAAAACUAAAGGAAGACACAACAAAACAGAAGCGUAACAAUAAUAAUAAUAAUGACAACAACAAUAAUAAUAAUAAUAAUAAUAAUAAUAAUAAUAAUGUUUGUAUCAAAACAGACAAAGAUACAUGCCAAGUUUCAUAUAUUCAUCUAAAAAUUUCCGUAUGCAAAGGAUACAAUUUACAAGGAAAUUAUAAAAAAAAUAUAUUUCAUAAUAGUAUGUAUAUUAUUAUAUCUGAAUAUAUAAAUAAUAAAUAUAAAUUUCAAAAAUACAUAUCAUAUAUAAAUAAUUAUAAUAAUAAUAAAUUAUAUGUAAAUCAUAAUAUAGAAAAAAAUAAUGUUAUGAAUAUAUAUAAAUAUAUAAAAAAUGAAUCACAAAGGGAUCAAAUAGGUGUACAUACAUAUGGUAAAAAAUUUAUAGAACAUCAAAACAAUAAUGGACAUGAUGAAAAUGAAGAUUAUUAUUAUGAUGAAAAUGAAGAUUAUUGUUAUAAUGAUGAUAAGAAUUAUUAU